AUGUCUUCACGUCGAAUAGUGCCUUUAUCAGAAACUGGUGAAAUCUUGGAUAAACAAAGAUUGACAGAGCAACCAGAUAGUCACGGCAUAACUUAUGUUAAAUUUAAAAAUGAAAUUAAAGCUUACACUGAGGAAGAGGAGGAAAUCCUCAGUGAGUUAACUAAUUCAGUGAGAGUUAACAGAGCACAAGAAGUAUUUAAUCAGCUUGUGCUAAAUUUUAAAGGAAAGGAUUCCUUAAUCAGAAAGUACAUGGUUGAAGUAGAUAAACAAAUGAGAGAACUUCGAGGUGAGAUUUUGAAGGAUGCACAAAGUCCAGCAAAAAGCUACACAACAGAACUGAAAAAACUGGAAGUGAGCAAGCUUGAAAUGUUUAAAUGGCUAUUACAGAAGGAACUAAAAAAUGAAAACUUCCGUAAACAGGAAGCUCUGAAGAAGUUCAUGGCAGUGUGCGUCAAUAAUGAACUAGCACCGGAGACACCUGACAGUUAA